AUGGACUUUUGGACGAAACUCAUUGGCGGCGUGAGCAACAACAAGUCUGCCACGGCAGCAGCGUCCAGUCCGCAACAACGCCUACAACGAUUCCGCCGAGCAUACAAUCCCAUCCUACAACUAUGUGGCCGUCCGCAGACCCUGGCCUCGCAUGGCCCUGCCCUUGACCAGCUCUAUUCCUCCCUCCAGAAGAUCACCGCAUUACUCGCCGAAGAGAGCCGUACUCCUGCUCCACACCUCUGUCUCAACUUCGCCCAAUCCUCCCAAGUCUACAGCGUCGUCGCUCGUGCCGCUUCGACUUCUCGCGAUGAACGCCUUGUACGCCAAGCCACUCUUCUAUUCAGUCUCUUGCUCGAGAGCGAGGAUGAAGAUUUUGUCGCCUCGGCCGCCUUUGCCAGAUCCUUCAUGCGCUUCGCUCUGCGUGUCAUCGACUCAAACUCAGGCGUCUACGGAGAAGACAUCGAGGCCGAUGUAGUCGAACUACUGUUUGCUGUCGUUGCAAAAAUUCGCAUUCAACCGAACAUCCUGGGAGUCUGGUUCUCGUCCUCGGCCACCAAGGACGAUUCGCAGAAAGACCCCAAUCACUUCGCUGGCCAGACUCAGAAGGACGACUUCCCCUUGUGCUACCUCUUGAUCGACCGUAUACACCAUGAUGGCCGCAUCGGCGACUUUGCUCGCACUGGCCUGCUCUACAUCUUCGAGGCUGUCUCCAACUCUACCCACCUGGAAGAUUGGAUCAUCGAAAGCGACCUACCAACCCUGAUGGCCUCGGGUCUUGGAGCUCUGUACAGUCAACUGAGCCGUGAGCUAUCGAUACUACACGACCAUGAUCGUCUUCCCAUGAUUCUUGCUCUAUCCGACUACGUCGACGCUCAGCAAACUUCAUCAACUGAAAGCAUCUUCUCACCGACACACGCUACACACAUGGCCACCUUCCUAUCACACCUUGCCUUCUGGCAAGAUGUUCUUGAACACUGCAAAUCAGAAAGUGUCAAGACUACUCUUCUCGACCAUUUCCGUAUCCUCUUCCUGCAACAACUCUUAUAUCCGUCACUACUUCAGUCUUCUGACACUGACGGGGGUUCCUCCGUCGCUGUCCUCACUUAUCUCACAAACAUCUUCGAAUCUCUAGAUCAUCCCGAUCUGACGCGAUUAAUACUACAAUAUCUCUUGGCUAUUCCCGAUGCCCAGUCGGAGCCUAUUUCACCUACUGUUCAAAGACGGCAGAGCACUCUUAUGUUGUUAUCUCAGUCUCAAAGUGACGAAGACAAAUUUGAGCCUACGUUGUUCAGUCUGGUCGAUCUCAUACUCAACGGUGUCAGAUCCCAGAAUCCUCAGACAGUCGUUGCUGCUAUGAAGCUUUCGUCUGUUAUGCUGACAAGGCACCGCAAAUAUACCACACCUACUCUUCUGCAAUCGAAGUCAACACUAUCAGCAGAAGAAAAGAGGACCAUUCAAGCGCUUUGCAUCGAGACUGAUAGUCUGGUUCAGAUCGCCACUGACCUUGGUGGUGAACCUGACGUUGAUGAGGCGUAUGCCACCGCCUGCCAGGAUAUCACUGUUCCUCUCGAAGUUCAAUUGGCGAACAAAACUGCCGAAGAGUCCUCCGUCCUGAAGGUCUUGUCUCACGAUCCUUACAUCCAGUCCAUUACCGAUCUUUUUGGAUCAUUUUUGACCAAUAGUGUAGACGUCAACCUCGCCUUGACCGAAGCAACAAUUUGUCUAGCGUCAUGUGCGAACGUAGGUCUUGAUGGUUGGCUUGCUGUGCCGAGGACAGAAUAUCAAGCGACAUCACUUGAGCCGACGUUCGACAACUCUAGUCUAGACGAAGAAGAAGCUGCAAGUCUCCGUCUGCUGCAGUCCGUGUACUCGCAGCAGCGACGAGAAGAUUCUCAAGACCCACUAUUGCCAUCGACUUUGCGCGCCUUGAGAGGUCAGGUCGAUCGCAUACGUCUUGAUAUCCCAAUCCUUGAUUAUCUGAUUGAGAAACGUGUCGCAAUAUUGGGUGGAGCUGGUCGGGAGGAGUUAAUCACUCAGCCCAAAGUUUCUACCAAUUCCAACAGGCAGUCGACCGAAUCAUCACGGCCAACCGAAAACCGCCAGAUACAGCGUCUUCAAGCAGGAUCAAGGCAGAGAUCAUCAUCGCGUGAGUCGAGUAUCUCCCGCUCUUCGACGCCUGCGAGAGUGAGAGAUGGGUCCUUGUCAAGCGUGCCGCCAAGAUCUAGCUCUCUGCCGCAAACACCCCAGAGCCAGCAACAGAACUCAAUAUUCAGACCACCACCGCCGGAGUCGCCAGAGGAAGAGAGUUGGCCAGCUGAGAAUCUCUCAGUACAAACCGAGUCCAAACAGAACGAAGCGCAAAUGCUGAGAAGCAAGAUCCGUUUCAAUCCUGGCCAACUCUCAGAGCAGAAUACGAUUUUCGAGUACGCAGCAGGAUCGACGGCCCAUGCUUCUACGGGAGACAGCGAUGAUCCCGAAAGCAGAGAAGCCACUUUAAGCCAUAUCGUGACGAACAUAGUCAUCUUACAGCACUUCGUUCUGGAACUGGCUGCCGUGAUGAGAACUCGUGCGAUCGUCUUCGAAGAGGUUGCCUUCACAUGA